AUAACAUAAUUAUUCUAACAAGAACUCGUAGCGCUAUCUAUAUGCGUUGCAAGUUGUACUUCCUGUCUACAGCUUCCUUUCCACGAGGAUAUUAUCAAAAUGCAGAAGCCAGCCAAGGAACCGAUCCAAUCCGUGCAGGUGUUCGGAAGGAAGAAAAGUGCAACUGCUGUAGCAUACUGCAGGAGAGGCAAUGGCAAUCUUAGGGUAAAUGGCCGACCCCUUGAGAUGGUAGAGCCCAGAGUACUGCAGUACAAAUUGCAAGAACCUGUUCUGCUUUUGGGGAAGGAGCGGUUCUCUGGUGUAGAUAUCAGAGUCAGGGUGAAGGGUGGUGGUCAUGUGGCCCAAAUAUAUGCAAUUAGACAGGCUAUAUCAAAGGCAUUAGUGUCAUACUACCAGAAAUAUGUGGAUGAAGCAUCAAAGAAGGAAAUCAAGGAUAUUUUAAUCCAAUAUGAUCGCACAUUGCUUGUAGCUGACCCGAGGCGCUGUGAACCGAAGAAGUUUGGUGGCCCAGGAGCUCGUGCACGUUACCAGAAGUCAUACCGUUAAUUUCAUUAUGUAUUUGUCUGGUGUUUCAUAUAUGUUGUAAUAAAUACAUCCUCAACUAUA